UUUGUCUUAGCUAGUUGUAGAAAAAAGUUAAAUAAUUCAGUGUGGAAGGGAGAAAUUGUUUUUAAAUGAAAGUGAAGGAAAGUAAAAGUUUGUAGGAGGCGAAUUUUGAUACUUACUUCAAUUGUGCAAGUUGUAAUUUUUGUGUAAUAAGUGUGGUCGCAGCAUGUCAGCGUAUGCAAUCUAUGCAAAAGAUGUUGACGGUAGUCCAGUUAUACCCCCGUCACAACGACCAGAUGGAACAUGGCGAAAGCAAAGACGAGUUAAGGAAGGAUAUGUCCCACAAGAAGAGGUGCCGUUGUAUGAAAGUAAAGGCAAACAAUUUGCAAAAAGUAAACCGCAACAUAUACCCGGAUUGCCUCCACCUGUUAUAAACACCACACCAAAUUUGAACUUACCGAUUACGAAACGAUGUCCGAUUCCUGGUUUGGUUGUCGAUGAAGAUUAUAUGAAAAAAAUAAAAAAUAAAAAGAAACCUUCUUCGAAUGUUGGAAAUAAUAAUGCGUCCAAUAAUAAAACAGAAAAAGAAAAGGAAAAGGAAAAAGCUAACAAACUUGCUGAUAAAUUAUCGCAAGUAACAAUUAAAGAAUCAUCAAAUCAAACAUCCGAUCCAGCGAAAAGAUUGAAAAAUUUAAAGAAAAAAUUACGUGAGAUUGAUACAAUUGAACAAAAAAUAAAGAGUGGCGAAAUAAAGAAUCCAAUCAAAGAACAAUUAGAAAAGGUAUCGCGAAGAAAAGAGGUAAUGGCUGAAAUACAAAAAUUAGAAAAAUUAGUUACUAAGUAAAUUAUAUAUGAAUUA